UGAGCUGUUUCACGUUCUCUUUCUUCCACGCCGGUGUUGUGUAUUAAGGUGCUGCAAUGGGUUUCGGAGAUCUCAAAUCCAACGCCGGCCUCAAGGUCUUGAAUGAAUUUCUGGCUGAUAAGAGCUACAUCGAGGGGUAUGUUCCCUCCCAAGCUGAUGUGGCAGUAUUUGAGGCUCUCUCAGGAGCACCCCCCGCUGAGCUGUGCCAUGCUUUACGCUGGUAUAACCACAUCAGAUCAUACGAGAAGCAAAAAGCCAGUUUACCGGGAGUGAAGAAACCCUUGGGAAAAUAUGGCCCAGUGAAUAUUGAAGACACAACAGACAGUGCACCUAAGGAGGCUAAGGAAGAUGACGAUGAUGACAUUGACUUGUUUGGCUCAGAUGAAGAAGAGGAAAGUGAAGAGUCAAAAAGGAUCCGAGAGCAACGCCUGGCACAGUACGAAUCAAAGAAAUCCAAAAAGCCGGCACUUAUUGCUAAAUCGUCCCUCCUGCUUGACGUGAAACCGUGGGAUGAUGAGACAGACAUGGCAAAAUUGGAAGAAUUUGUUCGAAGUAUUCAGAUGGAUGGCUUGCUCUGGGGGUCGUCCAAGCUUGUUCCUGUGGGCUAUGGGAUAAAGAAACUGCAAAUCCAGUGUGUUGUGGAAGAUGACAAAGUUGGCACAGAUGUCCUAGAAGAGAAAAUCACAGCAUUUGAAGACUUUGUGCAGUCUAUGGAUGUUGCUGCUUUUAACAAGAUCUAAUAAACACACAACACUGUACUUUUGUCUGGGCACUUACAAUAAAAACAAACUUGCUGAGAUUCCA